GAGCCGCCUGGGGUUACCACAAGCAGCAGCGUUGGACAAGGUCAGCAUGGCUUUCCAGCAGCCUAUUCUGAACCCGAUUGUCCCCUUUUCUGGACCCAUCUUUGGAGGCCUGAGUGAAGGGAAGAUGGUGUUAAUCCAAGGAAUAGUUCAACCCUUCGUGAAAAGUUUUGGGGUGAACCUGCGGUGCGGGAAUGGGGACAUCGCCUUCCACUUUAAUCCGCGUUUCAAUGAGGGCCGCCCGAUGGUUGUAUGCAACACCGAGCAGAACGGCUGUUGGGGGGCGGAGGAAAGGACCUACCACUUGCCUUUCCAGCCGGGCAUCUACUUCGAAGUGAUCAUCAACGUCAAGGGCCACUGCUAUCAGGUCUCUGUGAAUGGUCAGCACUUCCUGGAGUACAGACACCGCCUUCCCCUUCAUACUGUCCAGAUCCUGGAGAUCAAAGGGGACGUGACUGUGAACUGCAUCAACUUCACAAGCCCCAGUAUCUCCAAUGUGUUUGCCCAGCCAGUCUACGGGGCUCCAGCUCCCACAAGGAAGAAAGUGAAGAACUUCCCAGGACAGGUGCCAGCUGCCUUGCACAACACUCCUAUGACUGUGACCAACCCGGUCGUCCCAUUCCAAGUGGCCAUCCCAGGGAGUAUCUCCCGGGCCCGCAAGAUCACCAUUGUGGGGAACGUGCCUUUCCAUGCAAACAGCUUUCAUAUCAAACUGAAAAACAGCAUGACCGGCAACAUCGCCCUGCACAUCAACCCACGGCUGAGGGAGAGGGCGCUGGUUCGGAACACCCAAACGCACGGCACUUGGGGCUCAGAGGAGAGGCACCUCUCCACCCUGCCUUUCGCGCCAGGCCAGGCUUUCCAGAUGGAGAUAAUGAACACGCGGAACUGCUACCAGGUCUCGGUGAAUGGGCUGCACGUGUUUGACUAUGUCCACCGCCUCCCUGCCAACCAGGUGGACCAGCUACAGAUAGCGGGGGAUGUGACACUCUCCUGUGUGCAGUACUGAUGGCCCCUCCUGGGCCACUAAAUUCUCACUAUUUGACUCAUCCUCCACUCCACAGCCCUCUCAUCAUCUUCAUUCAACAGCUCCACUGCCAAGCCUGGAGAUCUCAGCCACCAAAUCUCACAUCAUACAGAAACUCUGAAGUCUCACUACGGGGGUUGGGGGAGAGAAAGGCUUCUCUCAUUGUCUCAUUGUCUCUUUUUUGUCUAUAUGCAUUUCUGAUACUGUAGCUUAAAGCAGUGGUUCUCAACCUUUCCAGACUAUUGUACCCCUUUCAGGAGUUUGAUUUGUCUUGUGUAUCACAAGUUUCACCUCGCUUAAAAACUACUUGCUUACAAAUCAGAGAUAAAAAUACAAAAGUGUCACAGCCACACUAUUACUGAGGAAGUGCUGACUUCCUCAUGUUGACUAUGUAAUUAUAAAAUAAAUCGACUGGAAUAUAAAUAUUGUACUUACAAUUCA